AUGGAGAAUUUCAGAACAAUCAUUGAGCGCUGUUCUCCAUUCUCCAUAAAGUUACUGAGCCGCAGGUACGUUGUGACCCAUCUUGAUCGAAUGAAGGCGUUGUUAAAUAGAGAAGAUGCUGUUGCCAGCUGCUUGGACAUGGCAUCUUACAGGCAGUAUGUGGAUGAGCUCGAACACAACUGGCAGAACAACCUUCACAUGGGCUGCUGUGUUGUGCGUAAGGACGACAGGGCUGAAAGACCGAUAGCCAUGGCUAUUGCCUCUGCGAAUGUAUAUAGGGCAGAUGUCCCGAGGCCGACAGAGUUAAAUUGGCAAAGAACCAAUGCCUACAUGGACAAGGAAGAGCAAUGGUGUUUGGAAUAUUUGGUGAGGGCGAGGGAAUAUUGUGGUAGUGGGGUAGGUUGCUUUGCACUUGUUGGGUUGUUGGAGUGCUUCUGCGGUCGUUUUGAUGAUGGCAUGUUGUGGUUGUUGCUGGCUUGUUGGUUCUGCAACAGAAACGCCCUCUCUUUGUACACGGAUGUUGGGUUUUGUUGGGACCAAUUGCCCAAAUUAAUUAAUAUAAUUGUGGAGCUAUUUGCAUAACAUUGUUUAGGUUAAAAUGUGGUUAUGUGGGCUCAGUUUGUAUAGGAUAUAAGCGCUGAAUACGGUGAACUGAACAGUAUAAGUGUUGAAGUAGCGAUAAACGAUCAAAUAUUUUAAAGUGGUUUAUUAUUGACAUGGAUAAGGACAAAGUAUUAACAUCACUGUUAAAUAAUAUUCGUCAACGUGAGGUAUGUGUGUGAGUUAGUUGUUUAAGUUGUUACAUAGUGUAUGUCCUUAAAUUUAUUUAGAAAACCAGCACAGUUAUUAAAUGUUCAAACAAUUGAAAGGCUGCGUUAGCUUCAUGUUGGCAUUAAACAGAUAUUAUAUGUUUCUUGUCAUGUCGCUUGACUCUGACAAGAAUCCCAUCAUGUCAUUACAAGUUCAGGACAUUGGACCAAGAGCACACAGAAAGUUGGUAGACACCUUGACCUUAAGGCAUGGGGCAGCGGCUGCAGAACAGGGUGCUGGUGGUGGUGCGGAUGGUGGUGUAACAUAUCCCUAA